CCGGCUGACCCCGGCACAGGUCUGGCGGCAGAGCCCUGUGCUGGGCGUGCGCAGUCACAGUCACUCGCGACUUGCCUUUUAUCUAAAGUGUUUGGGAAAGUGUACGAGGCGUCGGGAUCCGAUGCAUUUGCGACGCAUGCCCAGCCCAGGCCUCCGCCGCCCAGUGGCCUGUUUCUGUCGCAUUUACUAUUCUUUGCUUUCUCAAUUUUUGUUGCCGCUUUUGUCAUCCUCCCACGCGCCCAGACCUGGCGCCUGCAGCGGCCCAGUGAUCGGCUAGGCCUGACACGGUGCCACAGCGCUUGCGAAAUUCUCAAGAGGUUAAAAAGAAACCGCCCUCCCACGCCACCUAUCCGGUAUCUCCCGGUCCUGGCUUCUUGAUCUCCUGCUCCCCACGCCCUAUAUAAUUCUGCAGUCGCGGUGGGCCAAUCCUCCGCCUCGGCCUCACACCCUCGCGCCCACAACCUCCAUUGAUACCUCGGUACCAGAUCGGCCGAUUUGCCUGGGGCAAACCAAGCCAGCACUUCGGACUGGUCGCUUUAAGGCCUCAGUCUGCCUACCACAUUACCCAAAUCGACGCCUCAUCGGUCCCUGCAGUGAGGAUAAAAAAAAAGCAACAAGAGGCGAAAGAAAGGUCAGAGAAAGGAAUAAAAAAACGCGCAGCCACGAGCUAUUUAAAGCUACUGGGCUGGCCUUCCAACAAUCAAGGCGUCUUUGUGUGUCCUUAGCUGUCGACACCGCCAUACUCUCAACUCUACUACUUAGGCCGGCAGACCGCCUGCCUACUCUUAUCUUACCUCACCUUCAAACCAAACCAAAUCGGCCUACCUCACCGACAAGCACACGAACCACACCCAAAACACAAUGGCGUAUUACGACCACUCACCUCCGAGGUACUCGGAGGUGCCCCGCGGCGGCCACGGCGGCGGCUACGGCGGCAGGGGCCGCGAGCCUCCGUACUCGGCACCUCGUCGAUCCUCAUUUGACGGUGGUGCACGCCCUAGAUAUGACGAUAGGCCGCGCUACGACGAUAGGCCGCGCUACGACGAUAGGCCGCGUUACGACGACAGGCCACGAUAUGAUGACAGGCCUCGCCACGACGACAGGCCCCGUCAUGACGACCGCCCUCGCGACCGGGACCGGGACCGCUACCGCAGCGAGCCCGAGCGCCCCAGGUAUGCGGAGAGGGACCGGCCCCGCGACAGCUACCGCGACUUGGACAGGCCCCGCGACCGCGACAGAUACUACCCCCCGCCGGCCGGCGGCAGGGGCGGCGGCGGCGGUGGCGGCGGCGGCGGUGGCGGCCUGCACAGGUCCAACACGACGGGCAAUAGGUCAUCGGGAGUGGCGGCAGCAGUCGCCGGCGCCGCGGCAGGUGCCAGGCCCGGCCUGAACCGGAGCAAGACGACCAAGGACAUAGCGUCGGCCCUCAAGAGUCUGCCGUGGCAGAAGGUCGGCAUGGCCGUGUUCGAGGCCGGGGCUGCCGCAGCCGCCAAGGAGAAGGGCGGCUGGAACGGCGCCAAGGCCGGAAAGGUCGCCACCACCGCUCUCGGCGCUGGCUUCAUGUCUGCCGUCAGCAACAGGGGUGGCAAGGGCGGCGGCGGUGGCAAGAGCGGUCGCGACGGCGACCGACCAAAGUCGUCGGGCGGCGGCAAGGGCGGUGGCUACGGCGCCUUCGCGGCGCCCCUGGCUGGCGUUGCCGGGGACCUGCUCCUGAAGCAGCUCAACAAGCGCGGCAGCGGCAAGAAAUAACGAGACACGACAUCCCAAGCUGUCCUUGCCGUCUUUUUUUUUUUUUUUCUUUUCCGCACAGGCCCCUCUCAGCUCCGCCUCAUCUCUCCGCGUCCACCUCGAUACUUUCUAGACGCAGAUUGCACAUAGUUGUUCGAUGGUCGCAGGGCUAUACUCCUCUUGCCCACGUUGUUUUUCUCUUUUAUGAGCGUCAUUUUUGGUUUCCUGUUGUCUUUGUUUCAUCUUCUUUUUUAAGAAUUGGGCCGGUCAACGAUGACGUACUGUGUGGAUUGGGCAACAGACGUUCUGAUGAUACCAUGAUUUCCGCCUCGAUGUUGGGUGGCUUUGGCGGGAGUGCCAAUCUUUUUUUUUUCUGCCUUCUUUUCAGGGAUAUACUUCUGCCUUCUCAUUUACAGUCGCAUUGUUUUUGGAUACCGUAGACGCGCGCGUUAUUUGUUCGCAUAUCGGCAUAGAUAAAUAGCAGCUAUAUAGGUACUUGACAUAGGCAUUCUAUCAAUUGUUUUCUCGUCUCCAAA